AUGGGGUCACUACGCAGACUCUUCAUCUUCCUCAACAUACUCACCGCUGCGGCAGUCAAAAAUGACUCUGUCUCUGAGUACAAUUCGGCCCUCAGCGCUAGCCUGGCUUCGGAGACAGAAAAGCCCUCGCCCGCCACCCUUCACAGCUUGAAUCUCGUCGAGACCUAUUCGUACAAGGAGCUCAGACAAGUCAUGAGACAAAAUACCGAAAGCGAAAUUACGAGUGCUGAGUUCACAACAACAGAUGCGGUUUCAGCUACAGAUGUUUCCUCAGAAGUCGCUUCAUCAGAAGUUACCUCCUCCCAGGAUGCCUCAUCUACUUAUUUCAAGUACUACAUCAUCUACCACCGAAGCUUCUGUUACGAGUACAACUUCAUUGAGUACAUUGACGUCAACUUCCUCUUCAUCGACCUCUUCAUCGGCCAUAUCAUCAACCUCGACAUUUAG